CCGCACCUGCCAAUCAGCGCGGCCCGGGGCGGGGCUUCGGGUCUGCGCUCCCCGGUAGGCGGCGGGCGACUUCCGGCAAUAAACCUCCGCUCGGCGGUCAGGUGGGGACCCAGGGCGUCCGCGCUCCCGGCGGGGACUGAGGCAGCGCGCGCUCCAGGAGAACUAUGCCAUUUUUGGGUCAGGACUGGAGAUCUCCUGGAUGGAGCUGGAUCAAAACAGAAGAUGGCUGGAAGAGAUGUGAAUCCUGGAGUCGGGACCUUGACAGAGAGAAUAACCCAUGUAAUGUCAGUCACAGCAUUAUCUUAAAUAGUGACGAUGAAGAAAUAUUCAGUAAUGAAGAACAGAAAUACACGUCCAAAAAGAGGAAAAAGGAUCAUUUUAGAAAUGAUACAAAUACUCAGUGUUUUUAUCGUGAGAAAUGGAUCUAUGUUCAUAAAGAAAGCACAAGAGAAAGGCAUGGCUAUUGUACUUUGGGAGAGGCUUUCAAUCGCUUAGACUUCUCAAGUGCAAUUCAGGAUAUUCGAAGGUUCACUUACGUGGUCAAACUCCUGCAGCUAAUUGCCAAAUCCCAGUUAACUUCGCUGAGUGGUGUGGCACAGAAGAAUUACUUCAACAUCUUGGACAAAAUUGUUCAGAAGGUCCUCGACGACCACCAGAACCCCCGUCUCAUCAAAGACCUCCUCCAGGACCUGAGUUCCACCCUCUGCAUCCUCAUCAGAGGGGUUGGGAAGUCUGUGCUGGUGGGAAACAUCAACAUCUGGAUCUGCCGUCUGGAGACCAUCCUCCGCUGGCAGCAGCAGCUGCAGAACCUGCAGGUCACUAAGCAGGUGAAUGAUGGCCUCACGCUCAGUGACCUCCCAUUGCACAUGCUCAACAACAUCUUGUAUAGAUUCUCCGACGGCUGGGACAUCGUCACGCUCGGCCAGGUGACCCCAACGCUAUCCGUGCUCAGCGAGGAUAGGCAGCUGUGGAAGAGACUGUGUCAGUACCACUUUGCCGAGCAGCAGUUUUGUAGACAUCUGAUCCUUUCAGAGAAGGGCCACGUGGAGUGGAAGCUGAUGUACUUUGCCCUACAGAAGCACUACCCGCCCAGGGAGCAGUAUGGGGACACCCUGCAUUUCUGCCGGCACUGCAGCAUCCUCUUCUGGAAGGACUGCCGCCUUGCUUUGUUGUUCAAGGACUCGGGGCACCCCUGCACCGCCGCCGACCCUGACAGCUGCUUCAUGCCAGUGUCUCCACAGCACUUCAUUGACCUGUUCAAGUUCUGAAGGCGCCCCGCCUGCUGCCGUCUCGCCAUUGCUGCGCUGCAGCCAGUGAGCCAGGGGGACGCCAACACGGAGAACACUGCUCCCCUCCCCGUGUGGGUGUGGCAGGGCUGUGGUGUGGGGUUUUUUGAAAGGCAGUUGGGGAACCCAAGCAAAAUCAUUUCUACUUUCUAAAAAUCCUCUUCAUUUAAGUUCAUUAAGGUUUGCAACAUUGUGUAUUUAUAAAUAUAGUUCAGUAAGAUUCUGGAUUCUUAGCACCACAUUCUGUGUGGGACUGACACUAACAGCUAAUACUGUGCUUCUUAAUGUCACAUCAUAGUUUCCUGAUUUUGUAGUAAUGAGGGGCAGGGGACGGAACAAUUGAUCCUUGUAAAUAUGGGGUGCAGAAUAUUUAUUUUUCUUAAUAUGUAUUUUAAGUGCAUUGGUUUUGUCCAAGUGAGUCUUGUUCGGAUGUGGAGUGGACCUGGGCAGCAGGUGGAGCCUUGAGCUCAGUGGUCAGGCUGUGAACGGUGCACGUGGGCUGUGGCCAACAGGUGUGGAUGGCACGGCAGCCGGUGCAGCCUCCAUGUCACUAUCACGGACAAAGUAAUAAAUCCUGUUUAUCUGCUCAUCUGACUUCAUCCAUUUUGCAUCUUACUGAAAAAGUAGUGUCAGUGGUUUUGAUAUCAUUGAUUUAAACCUAUUUUUAAAAUAAUGCAUGUCUAUUUUAGAUAAUUUUGAAAAUAAAGGUGUAUGAGAGAAUAUAUACAGUCACCCAUCAUCACUGUUCUGCCACAAAGCACUGUUCCCCUCCCAUUGGUCGUGGGAGAGCAGUGUGAGCCCAUCCUCCUUCAGUUUUUUUUCUAAGUGUAUUGAAAUGGUUUGCAGUUUUGCGUAUCUGUAAAUAAAAAUUCUGGAUUUUCACUAUCACCGUCUGUGUUGAACUGGUGCCGAGGGCCAGCGAAGUGCUUCCCGCCUGAUGACCACUUCCCUGUGGACGCGGCGUGGAGCCCAGGGCCUCUGUGGGGCCAGGCGGAGCUUGUCCUGAUGCCUUUGGCGUCCUGUUCAUCUCUUUUCCUUUUACAACCAGCCAUUUUUUCAAAAGCAUUUUUGAAAACGUGGGUUUUAUUGGCUACUUACCCUCAUGGCCAGCAGGAUGCUGAUCGUUAACCAGAGUAACUGAUGAGCAGCCUGUCAAGAGCCUGUCUGCAGCUGCCUGUGUCCUUGAGACUGACGAGGAGUAGAACCUGAUGUGCCACACAGUCUGAGGAGGAGUCCUCUCUCCUGCACUGUUAUUCUAAGUGAAGGAUAAGGUGUGUUACCAACUUUUUUUUUUUUUUUUUUGUUAAGUUACCUAAUAUAUGUUCUUUGCCUGUUUUCGGUUUGUUGUAUUAAUUUUUUCUUAAGAGGACAUUGAAGCUUGAGCUCUCAUGAGCACUGCCAUUGUGUCCUGGUAUCUCGGCGCCGCAGGCAGCGGAUGUGGCAGGACACCCUGCAGUGCACGGAAGGCCCAGGUGUGCGAGGCCCAGAUGUGCGUGUGAGACUGGGCUGGGGGCGGUGGUGGCUUUUCAGCAUCAUGGCGGCUGUCAGGCACCUACAGACAGGGUGAGGUGCAGAAUUGUCAUGAAAUCACACACUGGAAUGGUGUUUGUGAAUAUGGGUCUGUUGGGGGACCUCCCAGAGGUCAGAACGGGGAGAGUCAAGGACCUUGUCUCACAUGCCUUCAGCCCCUAAAAGGACCCAGCUGAGGUGUCGGGUUAUCCUCAACAUGGGACACUCACCCCUUUGGCCCCAAUAGGCACUGCCAGCCAGGAAGUCCAUCUAGACGCAGCCUCCCCUCGCCCCUUUCCAGGCACAAAAAGAUGUUUCUUUCCUGGUCCAUGGACACGAGGACUGAGGUGGCCUUUGUGACAGCUCACCACGUACCACAGUUGACUGCUCAGGUCUCUGUACUGAGAACCAGGUCUGCUUUAGGACAACGUUUAUGGAUCUGACUGCAUACAACUUGUGCCAUAAAUACCGCCCUUAGAAUCCUAUACAAACACCCACAUAAAAUGCUUCUGUGUUUUGUGCUUGUGAGCUUGCUGGGCUCCUUGACAAACUCAAUCUAGUGGUAGUUGUGUCAUUUCCUCAUGAGUGGUUACCAGCAGCUUGUGUGUGGCGCCCUGAUUGCCCGGGCUGGAACCUGCAGUGCCGAGCUUGCAGCAGAAGCAGAUGUCAGGGAAGGCUUUGUCUUUUCUCUCUGUGAGGUUGGCUGUGUGGUUUUUGUAGAUGCCUUUAUCUGGUCGGGGCUAAACCUUCCAGUCCUACUUUUUUGAGGAUUUUUUUAAAUCAUGAAAGAGUAUUCGAUUUCAUCAGGUGUUUGUUUUGUUUUGUUUUGUUUUGUUUUUGCAUCUAUUGAGAUUGUGUGGUUUCAUUCUUUAUCUUGCUUCUGUGGUGAAUCACAUUGAUUGAUUGUUGUUUCUUUAAGAUUUUAUUUUUAAGUCAUCUCCACACCCAACGUGGGGCUCAAACUCACAGCCCGGACAUGAAGAGUCACACACUUUGCUGACUGAGCUAGCCCAGUGCCCCACGGUUGAUUUUUGUACAUUGAACCAUCCUUGCAUUCUGGGCUCAAGUGCCACUUUGUACAGUUGUUGGUUUUGAUUUGCUAUUGUCAUCCUGAGGCUGUCUUUAAGGAAACAUUAGUCUGCGCUUUCUGGUGCUGCCUUCAUCUUGUUUUGGUGUCAGGGUGAAGACGUCUUGGCAGACUUAGAUGAGCUUGCCUUGGAGGUGGUCCUUCUGCUGUUUUGGGGAAGAGUUUGUGAAGGAUUGGUGUUAAUUCCGAUUUAAACAUUUGGUAGAACUCCGCAUGAGUCAUGGUUACUAAGGAGUGGUCUCGUUCUUGAAAAAUCCUUUCUCUUUCAGAGGCUAAGGCCACCCUAAGAUAAAUGGUCAUGACAUGGACUCUGCUGCUUGGCUCCAUAACUACCAGCAGGAAGGGGUGUUGCCCUCUGAAAACCAGUCUCAAGAGGCAGAAGCUCUUGUGUUUAUGAGAUGUAACGUUACUUCCUUCAUGAACUGUGUGCAGAUGCAUGCAUGACCCCACCCUCCACCCUUCAUUCCUACCUUGUGCAGCACUAGACGCUGCCCAGUGAAAUGCCCAAGGGCUGGGCACAGGCACCAGGAAGGCCAUUAGGACCUGCCUGCCCUGGGCGCCUAUCCAGUCCCCACCGUCUACUGUCUCAAUGGAUUGGAUUACCCUGGAUGCAGAAUAUACCUGGAAUCAUAUGAUACUUGUCCUUUUGUGACCAGCUUGUUUCACUUAAAAUAAUGUUCUCAGGGUCCAUCCAUGCUGUGGCCUUCAUGACUCUUUAGGGCUGAAUAAUGUUCUGUUGCAUGGAUAGACCAGGUUUUGAUUUGUUCAGCUGUGGAUAGACAUUGCCUGGGCUUCCAGCUGUUGACUGCUAUGAACUUGGGUGUGCACGUAUCUCUUCAAGACUCUACUUUCACUUCUUCAUUGCAAUACGCAUGAGCAGAAUUGGUGGACCAGAUGCUAAUUCCAUGCUAAUCGAAUUUUGAGGAACUAGUAUACUAUGUUCCACAGACACACCAUUUUAUAUCCCACCAACAGUGCACAAGUGCUUGUUUCUCCACAUUCUUGCCAACACUUAUUUUCUGGAGUUGGUUGUUUUAUACAGUGACCAGCCUAACAGGUGUGAAGUGGUGUCUCCUGGUGUUUGGAUUUGCAUCUCCUUGGUGAUUAGUGGUCUGGAGCACCUUCUCACAUGGCCAUCUCUGUGUUGUAUUUGGAGAGAUGUCUAUUCACAUCCUCUGCCCAUUUUUUAGUCAAGUUGUGUGUUUUUGUUGUUGAGUUGCGUGAGUUCUCUGUAUAGUCUAGAGAUUAACUCCUUAUGGGUAUGAGACUGGAAGAUAUUUUCCCCCCAUUCUGAAAGUCACCUUUUCACUGUUGUGUCCUUCAUGCAUGCAAGUGUUAAUUUGAUAGAGUCCAUUUCCCUUUGUCCUGUUGGUGGCUGAACUUUUUGUCUCCUAUCUAAGAGAUCAUUGACAAAUUCAAGGUCAUGAAACUUUCUCCCUGUUUUUUUUUCCCAGGACUUUUACAGUUUUAUUUAGCUUAUAUGUUUAGGUCUUUGGUCCAUGGAGUUAAUUUUUGUGUAUGGUGUAAGUUAAGGCCCAGCUUCAUUCUACGAUAUCUAGUUAUCCCAGCACCAUUUGUUGAAAACACUGUUUCCCCCACUGAAUGGUGUUGGCACCUUUGUCGAAAAUCAUAACUGUGUAUGUGAUGGUUUAUUUCCAGCCUCUCUGUUCUCCCAUUGGUCUGUGUGUUCUUAUGCUAGGACCAAACUCUCUUCAUUCUUGUAGCUUCAUAGUCAGUUUGGAAAUGAGGAUAUGUGAGUCCUCCAACUUUGCUCUUUUUCAGGAUUGUUUUGGCUAUUUGGGGAUUCCUUGAGAGUCCAUGUAAAUUUUAGGAUUUUUUUCUAUUUCUGCAAAAACCACUAUGGGCUUUUGAUGAGUGCAUUUAAUCUACAGAUCACCUCGAGUGGUGUUGCCAUCUUAAUAAUAGAAAGUCAUACAGCCCAUAGGCACAGGCUGUCUUUCCGUUUAUCUGUGUCUACUUGCUUUAGGCCACAUGCUAUAGUUUUUAGUGUACAAUACUUUAAUCUCUGUGACUCAGUUUAUUCCUACAUAUUUUAUUCUUUGUUGCUGUUAUAAAUGGGAUUUUCUUCAUUUUCUUUUGCAAUUUCUCAUUGUUCACGUAAAGAAAUGCAACUGUUGUUUUUAUAUUGAAUUUUGUAUCCUGCAACUUGCCUGAGCUUGUCUGUUCCAUUUAUGAUGGUGGUUUUUGGUUUUCUUGGAAUUUUUUUGGUAGAAUCUUUAGGGUUUUCUACAAAUAAGAUCAUACCAUAUAUAAACAAAUAAUAUGACUUCUUUA